GGCCACCGUGCAAAAUCAUCCCCCCUUGCAGACCAACCUGAAAGCCCUCCACCGUCACCGGCCGCCCUCGGCAACGAAGACGACGAACCAGUCCAAUUUUCGCAAGCCCUAAAAAAAACCGCAGCAGGCCCGCCUCCUCCCGACGUUCCUCCUCCGCCGCCGCCGACCACCGCGAGGGUUCAUUGCAGUCGGCUAAAUCAAGGGCGCGUACUACGCGCUGACCGCCGAAUCGCGGAGCCGGUGUUGUCGUAGCCGCGAUUCGCCAUGGGGAGCAAGGGCCGCAUGCCUCCCUACCACCACCACCACCACCACCGGCCGCUCCCGGGGGUCGACUCGGGCCCGUCACACAGCAUGAUGAUGCACCGCGAUCCGUACGGCCCGGGAAUGCACCCGCCGCCAGGGCCGGGGCAGUUCCCCUACGACAUGCUGCCGCCGCCCCGGCCGGAGAUCCUGGAGCAGAAGCUCGCCGCGCAGUGCGGGGAGAUGCAGAAGCUGGCGGUGGAGAACGAGCGGCUCGCCACGAGCCACAUGUCCCUGAGGAAGGAGCUGGCCGCCGCGCAGCAGGAGCUGCAGAGGCUGCAGGCGCAGGGGGAGGCGGCGAGGGCCGCCGAGGAGCAGGAGAUGAGGGGGCUCCACGAUAAGGCCGCCAAGAUGGAGGCUGAGCUCAAGAAUUACGAGGCUGUCAAGGCGGAACUGCAGCAGGCGCACGCCGAGGCGCAGAACCUCUUGGCGGCAAGGCAGCAUUUGGCGGCGGAUGCGCAGAAGCUGAACAAAGACCUGCAGAGGAACUUUGGUGAGGCGCAACAGCUUCCGGGGCUCGUGGCUGAGCUUGAGGCUGCUAGGCAGGAAUACCAGCACCUCAGGGCUACAUUUGACUAUGAAAGGAAACUCAAGAUGGACCACUCCGAGUCGCUGCAGGUAAUGAAGAGAAACUAUGACUCCAUGGUUACGGAGUUGGAGAAGCUUCGCGCUGAGUUGGCAAACACAGCUAAUCAUGACAGAAGUGGCACUUUGUACAAUCCUAAUUUUGCUCAUAAAGAUGGUGGUACGUCUAGCCGACAUUCUGUUGGACAAAUUGCUUAUGAUGGUGGGUACGGGGUUGCACAGGCUAGGACGCCCCCUACUGGUAUGCCAGAUCCUUUAAGCGGAAGCCCAGCUGGAAAUGCUCCCCGUUCUGGAUUUGAUCCAGCAAGAGGCAAUGCAUAUGACACUUCUCGUCUUGCUGGCUUUAGUUCUUCAAAAGCUGGGGGCCAUGAUGCAUCAAGGGGCGCCACCGGAUAUGAUGUUUCUAGAACACCUGCGGUUGGAGCUCAUGCAGCUGCUCCAACUGCUCAUGGGAGUACUGCUGGUGCUGGUUACUAUGGAUCAAGCCAGGCCACACCACCUUCGCAUGCAUGGGCUCCAGCUGCACCCACCUAUGGAUCUGUACAGGUGCCAGCAUCUUAUGCAUCUGGGCCAGUCCCGUCUUCAUCAUAUGGUGCAACAGCAGUGCGUCCUCAUGGCUCAGCUCAGGCACUACCAUCAUAUGGACAAACACAGGCCCCAUCUCCAUACGCGCACGCACAGAUGCAACCAUCCUAUGGACUAGCACAGGCAUCAUCACACUUUGUGCCAACACAAGGGGCAUCACCCUAUGGGUUGGCUGCACAGCCUCCGGCCUAUGGAUCUGGGCAAGCUGCACCUAAAACUGGUGGUUCUUAUCAAGCUACACAUGGGCGUAAAUAAACUGGUGAUAUCUGUACUUUGAUGUGGUGUUAUUGGCAAAAGUGACAUGGUGCCGAUUUGUUUCCUGAAUCCAGUUUCAUUUCUGCAGCUACCAGAACAGCAAACUGUUGUUUUACUUUUCUUAUACAAAUAUUCCAUGCAAUCUGUAAAAGAUUAUAUGUGCAAGCAUUUGGUUCUGACA